AUGAAGGUAAAGCAAGUACCACAAUCGAGGUCUGUGAGGGCAUCUCAGCCUUUAUUACAAUUACUGUCGAAGAGGCAGCAAAGAUCCCGCAUAAAACAGCACAAAGAUAAAAUUAAACGGAUGAUGCGCAAUCAAAAAGACCUUUCGAAUAAUUUAAAUGUCAAACAUUCAACAACUAUAAAAACAUGCACAACUCACGAUUUUAAUAUUCGUAAUUAUGCUCUUCAAAAUUCUGGAAAUUUUGAUUGCUCAUUAGUUAAUACUCGAUCUGAAAUUAUGUGUAAUUCCAAUCACAAUUCAGAGCAAGCUCCUCGACAAGAAUUCGAUAAAGUGUAUUUUCAAAAAAAUUUGGCAUAUUUGUUGUUAGACUCUACCCACACUUUUGGAACACGCUUACUUAAACUUUUAAAAAGUCAUGCGUGUUUUUCUUUCUUGCCCAGAGACACCAGAACACUUCUUUCCACCCCCCGUUCCGCCCCUGUUUUGCAUAAAGUAGAUCCUGGAGAAUAUCUGCAUAUCGGAGUCAAAACCUGCAUUAGCAAAGUGCUUCGAAAUUAUAACUUUUCAGAAAUUCCCAAAACACUCCACAUGGAUUUUAGCACCGAUGGAGCCAAAUUGACAAAUACUGGUAAAAAAAACUCUAUUUGGCCUAUACAAUGUCGAAUCGUAAAUUUAAAAAAAUCUCCCACUAUGACUGUUGGAAUUUUUAGAGGGAAAGUAAAACCUUACAGUUCAGAAGAAUUCUUUAAGUAUUUUAUUGUCGAUUUGCUAAAAAUAUUUCAAGAAGGUGGAAUAAGUUACAAUGAUCGAAAAUUUGAAAUAAAAUUACGUUGUUUCAUCGCCGAUGCUCCUGCUCGAGCUUUUAUAUUAGGCCACAAGGGACAUCGAGCCUUUGUUCCAUGUUCUAAAUGCAAAGUAGAGGGCUUUUCAGCUAGUAGAUUUGUUAUUCUUGAUGGAAUUGAACACAUUCGUAGAGAAAACGAGGAUUAUAUUAAUCAACAUGAUGAAGAACAUCAUAAAUCGAUAAGUCCUCUUACCCUAUUACCGAAUUUCGACUUGGUUCGUGACGUAGUUUUUGAAUAUAUGCAUCUGGCGUGUUUGGGUGCAAUGAAAAAAAUUUUGCUUUCGGCUUGGUUACUGGGAACGUAUACCAAAAAUACUAAAUUGUCAGGACGUGAAAUAAACAUCGUUUCAGAGAGAAUGCAGGUUAUAGCUUUGUACUGUCCUCGGGAAUUCAAUCGACCCAUCAUUUCUUUGGAAGAUCACAAGGAUUUUAAAGCAACACAAUGGCGUCAGAUACUAUUGUAUACUGGGGUAGUAUGUUUUAAAGAUGUAGUUAAAGAUUACGUUUACACCCACUUCCUACUUUUUCAUGCAGCUAUGCGUGUUUUUGUUUCCCAAAAAUUUCAAACAGCUUCUCAAUUAAACUUCGCCGAAGAUGCCAUGAAGCAGUUUGUCUUGCUCUGUGGUGACGUUUAUGGAAAAAAAAAUUUGUCGUAUAAUUUUCAUGGGUUAUUGCACCUGAUUGAUGAUGUUCGCAGAUUCGGGCCUUGCGAAGAUUACUCGGCCUUUCCCUAUGAGAACAGCAUGCGUUUCUAUCGAAAGAUGUGUAGAAAACCGGGAAGUCCUUUGGUUCAAAUUGCGAAUAGAAAUGAAGAAUGGGAACAGUGCGACAUUACAAGGAACGUUAGAGUACAACAGCUGCAAUUGAAGAAAAAGCACUGCAAAGGCCCUUUGCCAAAUGACGUUCACACUGGCGAAUGUCAACAAUACCAAUCUUUAGAAAUGUCGGAAAUGAAAAUAGGGUUAAAUUUACGUGAUAAUUGUGUCAUGUUAAAAAACUGGAACAUAUGUUGCGUGGAGAACAUUUUGUCGAUAAAUGGAAAAAUUCGUUUAUUGUUAAGGAAAUUCGUGAAUAAAGCAGAGUUUUAUAAUGUUGGUGUUCCUUCAUCCAAAUUAGGAAUUUACAAAUGUUCAGUCUUGGAGAAAAAUUGCGAGUUGGUUCCUGUAGAAGAAGUUGCCCAUAAAUGUUUUCGAAUGCCUGUCUGGAGAUUGCUUUCUUCAAAUAAUGUAAAGGUGCAAAACCAAUUUGUAGUCGCGGUUCUCUUUGAAUCGUCUGAGAAAGAACAUACUAAAAGGCCGAGAAGAUCGGUAAAAAAACCUAGGAGGUAUAAAACAACUUCAAGUGAAGAAGUCACCUCAAAAAGUUGUCAACUAAAAAGUAAGGACGAACAGCGAAUCAAGGUGGCUGUGGCACAACGUCUCAAAAACAUGCAUGUAAAACAUGCUUCAGCCGCAAAAUAUAAAAAUCACUCCACCAAAACGACGAAAACUCGCUCGAUAGAUGACAUGGACAAUUCCAGUUCGAAUCGCAACCCAAAUCGCAGUCCAAGACGUAGUCCUAGUCGCAGUCCAAGACACAGUCCAAGUUGCAGUCCAAGGCCCAUUUCAAGAUGCAGUCGAAUUUGCAGUCCAAGACGUAGUCUAAGUCGCAUUCCAAUUCUUAGUCCAAGACGCAGUCCAGAUCGUAGUCCAAUUCGUAGUCCAAGACGCAGUCCAAGUCGUAGUUCAAGAAGCAGUCGAUGUCGUAGUCCAAGACGCAGUCGUAGUUCGCGUUUCGAUAGCAAUGACAGACAAAGCCGCGAAGAAAAUCACAAUCGAACCAGUGGGUAUUUUGACAAUAGCCCAGAUCCAAGAGGAAGCCGUCGUCGCAGCCUGGACACUCAGAUGUCUAUUCGCGAUCUAAGUCCAGUUGAACCAACGAUCAGAGACUUGUACAAUCAGAUAUCCUUGCAAACACGACUAAUUAGGGAGAUAAGAGAUAAAUUGGCCUCGUUAGAAGGAAAAAUGGAUAAUUAUAUCGACGUGGACAUGCCAACGCCCCCAGAUUUAUUUCCGAUUGACACAGUUGAAAAAAUGGAAUCCCUCGAACGGAAUUCAGCGGAGUACAAUAAGAUUGUGAGCUUCUUUAAGUUUCUGAGCGGAACAACGCUGAAAGAUGGGGUCUACUCUUGUGUGGAUGAGUCAAUGACGAAAGAAAUCAUUUAUAAAUAUACAUGGUUUGGAGGAAACGGCAAAAACAGUUUUUAUAAUGCUGCCCUUUGUUCGGCCAUCUAUAAAGCUCUUGCUGUCAGCAGAAACUACCAAAAACCAACGCGUCACGAGUUUCAGGCAACGAUUGUAUCGGCAUUGAAAAACGCCAAGCAAAAAUUAAUUAACCAGAGGCGCCGGGACAGGGAGGCUCCAGCUGCGGGGAUAGGCAACCGUCGACGAUAUGAAAAUGAGGCGAACGAUUUGUUUAAUUAAAUAAAUUAAUGUAUAAUUAUAAUUAUAUUUUUUAUUAAUAUUAUUAUGUACAUCUGUGUUCCCCUACGUUAGUUUCAAAUAAACAUAUUUAUUCAUUUAUACCGUUUAAUAAUUAUUUAAACAUUUUAAAAUAAAAUUUAUGACAAUUGUAUAUUAAUAUACGGCCAACAACGGAGAUAUUAUUGACUGCAAUCAUUUCUGUCAAAUUGCGUUCCAAAUGCUUUCAAUAUCAACGAAAUUAUUUCCGUGGGAUUGCGUUCAGGUUGCGAUCUACACUUGCGGCAUGAAUUUCUGUCAAUACCAGUGUCGAAUGCGGAAGUAUAAAUAUUAGUUAUUGCUGGAAAUUUUUGAGUCCGAUUUCCGGCAAUUUGAAGGACAUUUUCC